AUGGGCGUGCAGUACACCAUCAACACUGCACGAGACAUAAUGUACUGGCCACGUAUGCACACAGAACUGGUGGAGGCAGUCCAACGCUGCGCAAUCUGCCAGGAGUCACAACCAGCUCUCCCCAAGGAACCCCUCAUGAAACACCCAGUACCCAAGAAACCGUGGCAACUAGUCGCGAGUGACUGUUUUGAGGUCAAUGGACAAAACUACUGCGUACUAGUAGACCUCUACUCAGACUACAUCAACUUGCGCGCCCUGGAAGACAUGACUUCCAAAUCGCUAAUCAAGGAACUGAAGCCAGUGUUUGCCACCCACGGCAUUCCUCACACCUUGAUCGCAGACAACGGAUCAAACUACGUGUCACGCGAGUUCACUCAGUUCGCGAAUGACUGGGACUUUGAACACACUAACUCAAGCCCCUACCACUCCAAAUCCAACGGAAAAACAGAGUCCACGGUCAAACUCGCCAAGGGACUUGUGACCAAAGCUGCCAAGAACAAAAGUGACGUGUGGAAGGCUAUCCUUGAAUGGAGGAACACCCACUACUCCGGGAAUGUCUAG